CAGCUGCGGCUAUUAAAACAGCGCCGGCCCGCACGCGUCCCUGCUGGGGUGAGGGCCACCGCCGCCGAGCAACGAUGAAGCUAGCCAACUGGUGGGGGCUGAGCUCGGCUGUCCUUGCGGCUUAUGGCGUUUUGGUUGUGGCGAACAAUGAAACGGAGGAAGUUAAAGAUGAAAUGGCCAAGGAUACCUGCCCGGUGAGACUAGAAAGCAGAGGGAAAUGCGAGGAGGGGAGCGAAUGCCCCUACCAGGUGAGCCUGCCGCCACUAACCAUUCAGCUCCCGAAGCAGUUCGGCAGGAUCGAGGAGGUGUUCAAGGAAGUCCAGAACCUCAAGGAAAUGGUAAAUAGCCUCAAGAAAUCUUGCCAAGACUGCAAACUGCAAGCUGACGACAGCCGAGACCCGGGCAGAAAUGGACGGCUGUUACCUAGCCCAGGAGCGCUAGGAGAAGCCGAUGACAACAGAGUUCGAGAAUUAGAGAGUGAGGUUAACAAGCUGUCCUCUGACCUAAAGAAUGCAAAGGAGGAGAUCGAUGUGCUUCAGGGUCGCCUGGAGAAGCUCAACCUUGUAAAUAUGAACAACAUAGAAAAUUAUGUUGACAGCAAAGUGGCAAAUCUAACAUUUGUAGUCAAUAGUUUGGAUGGCAAGUGUUCAUCUAAGUGUCCCAAUCAAGAAGAAAUACAGUCACGUCCAGUUCAACAUCUAAUAUAUAAAGAUUGCUCUGACUACUACACAAUAGGCAAAAGAAGCAGUGAGACCUACAGAGUCACACCGGAUCCCAAAAACAGUAGCUUCGAAGUUUAUUGUGACAUGGAGACCAUGGGGGGAGGCUGGACAGUGCUGCAGGCACGUCUCGAUGGAAGUACCAACUUCACCAGAACAUGGCAAGACUACAAAGUAGGCUUUGGGAACCUCAGAAGAGAAUUUUGGCUGGGGAACGAUAAAAUUCAUCUUUUGACCAAAAGUAAAGAAAUGAUUCUAAGAAUUGAUCUUGAAGACUUUAAUGGUGUCAAACUCUAUGCCUUGUAUGAUCAAUUUUACGUGGCCAACGAGUUUCUCAAAUACCGUUUGCACAUCGGUAAUUAUAACGGCACAGCUGGAGAUGCCUUACAUUUCAGUAAACAUUACAACCAUGAUCUGAAGUAUUUCACCACCCCAGAUAGAGACAAUGAUCGGUAUCCCUCUGGGAACUGUGGGCUCUAUUACAGUUCAGGCUGGUGGUUUGAUGCAUGUCUUUCUGCAAACUUAAAUGGCAAAUAUUAUCACCAAAAAUAUAGAGGUGUCCGUAAUGGGAUUUUCUGGGGCACCUGGCCUGGUAUAACUGAGGCACACCCUGGUGGCUACAAGUCCUCCUUCAAAGAGGCUAAAAUGAUGAUGAGACCCAAGCACUUUAAGCCAUAAAUCACUAAACUCAUUCCUCUGGGUAUUUAUUACCUAAUACGGCAAUUAAUUCCUUGAGCACUUUGGAAUAUGUUUUAUACUCCUUUACUAUGACUAAAAAUUUAUCUCUAGGAAUAGGUUCUUAUGCUACACAGCAUUUGAAAUAAAGCGGAAAAAGCACACAUUUUAUAGGCGUCUUUUGUUGCUGUUAUACUGUUAUACAGAUGAAUAUUUGCAAAGCAAUUGGGAGUGUUGAGAAUUACACAUUAGAUUUAUGAUUCCCUUAAUUUCUAUUAAUUGAAAGAUUUUCUAUUUACUUAUGUUACUUGCUAUAAUUAUGAAAUCAUUGUUUAUUUAGCAGGCUGGAUUUUUACACAAGUAAUCUGUAUUUUGAUUGUGACUUAAAUACCUUUUUUUCAGGCUAUAGUCAGUUAUUGGCUAUUUAUGUCUCUAAAUACUUUAAUCCUCAUUCUGAGAUAAACCUUCUCAAUUUAUGGCAUUUCUUUUGGGUCAGGAAGACCCUACAGCAUUUUAGCUCCCAGACAAAGGGAAAUACAUGUAAUUAAACCUGUUCAUGUACUAUUUGUGAAAUGUAAAAUAUUUGUCAUUUAAAAUAUUUUGGUGGUAGCAUAAUGUCACUCCUAAAAGCAUUCAGAAAAUUAAUUCAACCUUAAAGACCAUGAUUUAAAGGUUAUUAAUUCACAGUUGAUAACUCUUUAGGUGUGGAUGGUUAAAACUGCUUUACUAUAAAAAUUAGCUUCCUUUGCUUUGAUUGCACAACAGUUUUUAAUUUAAGAUUGCUCAUUACUGUGCAUGACUACUGGUAGGCUUUCUUUUGGAAGGGUAGGUGUGGGUGGGGAAUGAAGCAUUUAUUUAUAGACUAGAUUACUCUGAGGGCCAAAGCAUUUAUAUCCAAAGCAAUAUUUUCAUUAAGUGAUUCACUUCAUAGAAAGCUAAGUUUUAUAAGACAUAUGUAUUUUGAUAUAUAUAGAAUAGUAGUUCAAAUAUUAUGUAUAUCUCAACCCUAACUGGUGUAUUGCUUAUAUUUUUAUCAGAAAAUUUAAAUACAGGUGUUUAUUUUUUUUUAACCAAACUAAAAUAUAUGAAGCUUUUAUAAUUCACUAAUUCUGGAGUGCAGACCAUUUUUUAAAGAUUAUUAAAAAAAUAGUGUGUUAAAUUUAAUCAUAGUAAAAAAGGGAUCAUUUCAGAGAGAACAGUGGUAUUCUGUUGAACAUUUAAAAUAUACCCUAGAAUAAAAUUUGAAACAAUACACUAUACUGUAUGUGAGUCAUAGAAAUGUAUUCAGUCUUUAAUUUCUAGUUUGUUUCUACCACAGUAACUCAAAAUAUACUCAAAAAGAUGCAACUUUACUCAUAAUUUGAAAAUAAUUAAGAAGGAUAGUAGCUUUAGGAAACAAAGUAACUUUUUCAAAUAUUGCCCUUUAUAGAAAAUUCUAACCAAAAAGAAGCAAGAUACUCUUAAAAAUACGUGACAUACAAAGUUUUCAGGUACACAUGAUGAAAAUUAAGUUAUUAUGAAUACUAUUAAAGUAUUAAGGCAAGAGAAAUGCAAAGAGAAUUGUGACAGCCAAAAUACAAAAUAUCAUGGUACAUUUCAAAAGCUUCAUAUCUACUCAAUAGUAUAACAGAUGUAAAUGUAACUGAUUUACACUUUUAUUCUUUUUUGUUUUUU